CGCCUCCUCACCUCAACAACUCAGUCUCCGUUUCGUGUUGCAAGAUUCCUUUACUUGGAAAAAUAUGUGUGUGCAGUGAAUUAUUUUCGGAAUGUGCGUUUAAGUUUAUUUAUUUUGGAUUUUAGAUACAUAUGUGGUGCUUUAUAAGUGAUCAAUCCCGAGUUCAUUUAUGUGGUCUUCCCUUGUUAAACCUGUUCGACGCUAAAUGCUUCCUUCUCGAUUCGAACUUCCUGCUUGAUUCGUUCAAAUGUUCCUUACUGAAUACACAUGAGGGGUUAAACCAGCGUCACAAACGCUGAGCUUGCACCAUGGACCCGGAUACUACGGACUGGCUGCGAGAGACUUUGCGGAGUGUACAAUUGGAACAGUUUUAUUUACCAAUAAGGGAUCAACUUCAGAUAACAAGGUUGGCUCACUUUGAUUAUGUACAUGAGGAUGAUUUGGAACAAAUUGGCAUAGCUAAGCCCGCAGUGCGCAGGCUGUUAGAAGAAGUAAGAAAAAGGAAGCAGAAAUUAUGGAUUCAGAAGUUUUGGACCAAAAUAUUUGGGACCACUUCAAAUUCAGUAGCUAAGGAAAAAGCUGGUUUAGCACCUGUAAUACCCACAGCAGCUGUUGGAAGAUCAACAUGUAUUAUAUUAGAACAAGAUAUUACGCUCCAGAAUGAAUUAGGAAGUGGUUCAUUUGGUGUAGUUAGAAAAGGAGAAUGGCGAAUGCCGGACUCCGGAAAAACUGUGGCAGUGGCCGUCAAAGUUUUAAGAAAUGAUGUAUUUUCCCAAACUGGCGUGUAUGAUGACUUCAGACGCGAAGUUGAAGCUAUGCAUCAGAUGAAUCAUAACAAUCUAAUUAAACUGCAUGGUGUGGUGUUCCAUCCAUUGAUGAUGGUGUGCGAGUUGGCCCCCAUGGGUGCUUUACUGGACUACAUAAGAGCCCAAAACGGGAGAGUCUCACUGAAGUUUAUAUCAAAAUGGUCAGAGCAAGUGGCAGGAGGCAUGGCGUAUUUAGAAAAAAGUCGAUUUCUACAUAGAGACUUGGCAUGUAGAAAUAUCCUGCUAAGCAGAUUAGAUCUGGUAAAAAUCGGCGACUUCGGUCUAAUGCGAGCACUAUCCGACGCCGACGAGUUCUACGUGAUGAGCGAACGGCGGAAGGUCCCAUUCCCGUGGUGUGCACCCGAAUCUUUACGGCAUAAACAGUUCUCGCACGCCUCCGAUGUAUGGAUGUUUGCUGUGGCCUUAUGGGAAAUGUAUUCCUUUGGAGAGGAGCCAUGGAUUGAUUUAAACGGAUCGGAAAUACUGCGACGGAUAAUGAGAGACGGGCAACGCCUGGCGGCACCAGCAGCUUGCCCACCAGACGUCUACAUGCUCAUGAUGCAAUGUUGGGACCUGGAGCCCAAGAAGAGGCCUACCUUCGAAGGCAUCCUGCGGUACAUCCAGGGGAAUAGGCUUGAGACCGCCAUAGCUGCGCUAAGUUAUCACAAAAAAGACCAGAUGACGGUGGAGGCCGGGGACACGAUCGUGCUAAUAGAUAGGCGACCGGAACUACACUGGUGGAAGGGACAGAAUCAGAGGACUAUGGAUGUGGGAUUGUUCCCUAGUACGAUCUUGAAACCAAUUAAAAGCAAAAUAGUACGCGGGGCUACCUUCAAGAAAACAUCGACGUCAAAUAAAGCUCAAAGCGCAACAUCGCCAGUCGCAUCAGACGACUCUGCGGUGGUACUACGAAACAAGCGACUAACAAUCGAAUCUACACAACCACCGAGCACACGCGCAGCUAAAGCCGGUAGCAAACAGUUCCACUACAACAAGCUAAUCAAUGAUCGCACGCUAGCGCUGAAGAAGUUGGAGCGGGGGGCGUAUUCGAAAAGCUUGUCACAAGUAAGAACAGACCUCCUGAUCGACUUGGACAUGCCGCCAGCGACUCGGAAGAGCGUGCCCGCCGACAAGGCCUCGAACAAUGUCUCUUUAUUGGACGAGCCUAUUGACGUGCCUGAAGCCAAUCGAUUAGCAGACUGGGGUGAGCCAAGCACAGACAGUUUACCGAGCUACUCGCAAUCCCCCCGAUCCCAGAGCGCGAAUCUCUACGGAGCCAAAUCUCUAGAUAACCUGUUUAUGUCUCAAUCACUAAGUGAACCGGACCCUUUCGACACAUCCCAGUGCUGGACCGUCACACCACCGACGCAAACACGACCGAACUAUAGUUUACAAGGUGAAUGCAGUAGUCUACACACUCAGGAAUCUCAUAAAUACUCGAAUAGUUAUACACCAUCCACUAGUUCUACCGUAGAAAAUAUUUAUAACAACGCACCCGCCUAUCAAAGUAGCUCUAGUUUAGUUCCUAAUACCGGCAGCGCGACGCUUCCAAAUAAUUCUAGUUAUAACCGAUAUGGAGCUGUCCCCAAUAAUUCUAACUAUGGAACGGUUCCAAACUCUAGUGCCAACUAUGGUAUGCUUCCUAACAAUACUGCUAUGCCUAAUGGGCUACAAUCGUAUAGUUCAAACGUAGCUCCCUACGGAUUACCACCAAAUAAUACAUAUUCAAACACGUUAGAAGAGAAUGCUUCAUCAACCAAGACUGUUGCCGAGGCUCUAAGAGACAUAUCUCUGGACGAUAAAAUCUCUGAAUCCCUCAAUCUCAGAUCCAAAAAUACUAAUAGCGAAAACAUUUACGCAAAUCACAAUGUGAAUGAUGGUCCGUCCACGUCAGCCGCGCCUGCCGCGAGCCGCGACGCGUUCGGCAUGCCGAUCUACGGGAACUUCGACGCCAAUCCCGCACAACAACAGUUUAUUUUAGAAACAGAAGAAUUCUAUUCAAAACGAUCAAGUAACUACGAUAAGAACAUCUUUGUACCUGAAAACGAGAAAGAAAAUGAGAAACUGCAAAACUUCAGCGAAUCUGAUAGUAACAAGAAAUAUUUCGAGUCGAAAUACGAUUAUUCAUUGUAUUCGGGUAGCAGUUUCAGUAGCGCUUCGACGUCGCGCGGUAAUUACAACUAUGCCGUGCCGAAUGAAGCUUCCAGUAACAUCUACUCAGAGAUCGGUGAUACGGAGAGCGUGUAUGGAGCGAGGGGUGAUUAUAGCAAUGCGCGAUUGUAUGACGUGGUGUAUGAAACUGCUCCGCCGCGACCGCACCGCCCGGCCCCGCCAUGCCCUUACCAGCCUAAAUAGACUGUUGGCAUCUUUAGAUAGUCUCAUAAAAAGCAAGUAAAUUGGAAUGUUAAUUAUUACGAUUAACUUUUUGCCGAAGAUUCACUGUAUAUAAAGGUUGAAUGAUUUACUUCUCGAGCGUGCCAUUAAGUUCGAGUAAAAAUAACUUGCCUAAAAUUGGCACGUACAUAGUUAUUUUGUCAAAGUAACUUUGGUUCUCGGUUAAUGUAUUCCAUCUUUCUUUAGCAUGCGAAUACGACCAUUAUACUCGUAGUUACGAUAUCAUAAACUAAAACAAUAUUACGAAAAUUAACUUCUGCCAUUAUUUAAAUGUACAGUCGCCACCAAAAAACACCACGUAUACAUCACAUUUGGUCAAAGUUGGUCCACACAUUGAAGGAGAAAUGUUUCAUAUAUCGUGGUAAAGAUUAUUCCGUAAAGAUAAAAAGGGCCCAUAGACUGCGCUGGCCGCUUAACAUUAGGUGGGCCCCAUGCUUGUUGGCCACUGUUGUGAUAUAUAAAAAAACAAGGGGUUGGACUCUAGGAGUGCCGGCAGAACUGAAAACUCAAUGACAUUGUGACAGUUUUUCGAUCAGGUCACGUGUCCGUCUUACGUCUACGGAUCUUACGGUCACGUGACCUGUCGCGACUAAUAUUUUUUCCCCAUCACAAAAAGUGCACAUCGCCGCUAAAGAAGUUUUCACUUCAAAAAAAUGUUGCUCAUCUAUUCACUUGGAAUUGAAAUGAUCUUCCAUUAUAUUGCGGAUAUCCCAAUGCGAUUUGCAUCAAUAAGUUUGCCAGUUAUUUUUUUAAUACUAUGUAAUGUUGACUUAAUUAUCCAGGGGCCCACUGAUUAACAGUCCGCCCGACGGAAUCGGCCUGUCAGUUAGAACAAAAAGUUGACAGUUCCGAACAACUGACAUGCAGAUACUAUCCGGCGGACUGUUAAUCAGUGGGCCCCUUAUAGUUACCGACUGUUUAUAUGUUAUUGUCUUCUAGAAAAAACACGAUCGAAAUGAGUAAAUUGCGUAUUCAUUCUACGCGAGUACAUUACUAUUCAAUGACCACAUAUGAAUAAUUACAUAAUUUGAAGACUUGUGCUCUCAAAACAAUGCAUAAUAAAUAUUUGAACAAUGUGGCCAUGUGAUUGACCUAGUGACGCAUGAUGUGUCAUUACUCUGAUAAUGUCAAUGGAGUAUGCUUACUAUAUCUUCGGAUGACAAGCUAAAGUCACUAACUAACAUCAUUGAAAUUAUUGGACAAUGAA